GAGAGAGAGAGAGAGAGAUGUCAAAGUCGAAGUCGAAGAAGGAGUUGAUGGCGUCAGCGCCGUGGAGGGUUGCGGAGGAAGAGGAGUUCGCGGACGCGAAGAUGAAGGUGACGCGGCAGCAGGCGGGGGCGGAGUCCACCAUGCACGUCCCUAGCAAGAAAAGCAAGCGCCGUGCUCAGGAAUCAGACGCCGACGACUCUCUCACUGAGAUCGACGCCGAGCUCCGUUACAGCUUCCACCGUAACUAUCAGUUUCUUCAACGAGUUUUUAGCGUUGAUACUAUCGUGAAACCUCUUCCACCGAUGAUGGCUUACAAUGUCUCCCGCAACUUGAACUUCUUCACUCGCAUUUUCACCCAGUUUUUUGAUCCGGAGGGCGUUGCAAAUGUCCAGAAGUCACUCGGUAUAGGACAAGAGGAAAAAGCGCGUCGUGUGCGGUGAUCUAGAAUGGUGUAAACAUUCAAUUCUUGUUUUAACUUCCCUUAGUUUUGGUUGUUCUGUACUUGAUAGUGCAUUGUCGCAUCAUGAUCAGAAAUUGAAUCGUGGAAUUUACGUGGCAAAUUUAUUCUACACUUGUUAUCUA